UUUUUACCAUUUUGUAGUGGAUAGCAAAAGACGGUGAUCAUGUGAUUGUUAAGAUCUUAUUAAACAUGUUUAGUUAUUGUGUAUUCAAUGUUUUGUUGUUAUGUGCCGUUUCUAUUUUUGCUUCGAAAAUUGUUGAAGGAUCUCAGCCGAUCUUACAGAAGACAAUAGAAGCUUUAUUUACUGACCGAACAAACGAGAUGUACCCUGGGCCCUGCAAACUGAUCAGAGCGUCGAAACGGCAAAAUAAAAUUUGCGAGAGAGACACAGGAUUAGCAAACGUUUUGACCAUUGCUAAGGAACAAGCGAUUGCGGCCUGUGAAGAAACCUUCCAAUAUGACAGGUGGAAUUGCUCCCUUGUGUUCAAUAGAAAGGCUAAGAGGAGUAUAUUCAAUAAAUUAUUCAGAGAAACGGCGUUCGUCCAUGCCCUGAUGGCAGCUUCCAUCACGCAUUCAGUAGCAAAGGCAUGUGCCUCUGGGGAUCUAUCCUCAUGCUCGUGUCCCGGAAAUUUUGGCAAAAACAAUACUUGGAAAAUGGCUGGCUGUGGAGACGACUUCAGACAUGGGAAGAGAUUAACAAAAAACUUUCUGGAUUUCAAACAUGCUGGUAACGACCAAAUUGCGGAAAUAUUGAAGCAAGAUGUCAUUGUAGGAGUCGAUUCUAUAGGAGAACAGCUAAAAGAAGUUUGCAAAUGCCAUGGAUUCUCAGGAUCCUGCACUACAAAGACAUGUUGGAAGCGAUUGGGGCCUUUCAACUCAGCGAUGGGCCUUUUGAAGAAGCACUACCACCAUGCGGUGAAAAAGAAGAUCAUGAACUAUACGACGAAAAGAGCGAUAACACCAAAAGUGAGGAACAGAAUGAAGGUAGAAAGGAAAAAUUUGCUGUAUUUGCAGAAGACGCCUAACUUAUGUGUCAGUACUAAAGGCAGGGUAUGUAAGGACAGACAUAACUGUGCUACUUUAUGCUGUGGUAGAGGUAUUAUAACGAAUAAGAAAACUGUCACUUCAAGGUGCAGAUGUAAAAUGGUCAAUUGCUGUUUCGUGCAAUGUGAUACUUGUGUUGAGGAGGUCGAUCAGUAUACUUGCAAGUGAGUUUUUGUGCCAUAUUCGAACUUGUUAGGUUUGUAGUGUUUUGACAGCAAAUAUGGAACUGAAAUGGUUUACUCCAACGAAGGCAAAAUAAAUUCAU